AUGUCACCGACCGCCACCUAUACCCAAACCAAGCCCGCACCCGAGGUCAUCUCGAUCGCGCUCAAGGCCGUCGAGAGUAUCGAGUCCACCGGGGCGACCGAGGUCGUGAAGCAGGCGUUCGAGAGCCCCAAGGUCGCCAAGACCGUGGCCGACGAGAUCAAGUCCCUCGCGGCCACGGUGAACGACAUCCGGCGCCGGAACCGCCAGAUCCGCGCCGACGUCCUCGACUUUGACAACGCGCGGUUCACCCGGCGGAACGGCACGGUCAUCGCACUCAGCCCCGAGUGGGACAUGCUGUCCAACAGGUUCGACGAGCACCUGAACCUCAGCCACAGGAAUGCGGUUGAAGCGUCGGCUUUCAUGAAACAGUAUACCAGGGCGGUGCUGGAAGACUUCGACCUCGAGGAAAUUCAAGACAUCAAGAAGGAUCUAAAAUUCUUCGCGGAGAAACUGAACGAGAAAGUCGACGGAGCUCACAAGACUCAAGUGAAGUUCGAGUCGCUUGCCAAGGACGUCGCGCUCUUCAAGGAGAAAAUUGCGAUUGCGCUCGACGACGCGGAAAAGCCCAUUAACGACAUGUUGAAGCCGGCGGAAGAGAAGUUGAAAGGAAUCGAGGCGCAAGUUAAACACGUAUCAGACCAGCUCUCCGCCAUAGGCAAGGCGACAACAGAACUGCUUUCAAUAGGUGCCGGUGCCGUGACCCAAGUAAUCCAUACACUCGCACCCGGCGCUAUGAUACUUGUAAUCACUACCAUUUUCGAACUCGCGGAGAAUGGGGUGGAGUACUUGAAGCUACGCCGAGAGCUCUCCUCCUUGAAGCCAUCCCUGGAGAAGGCGCGCGAAGAGUUCCGACAGCGCGAGGAAGAGCACAAGAGGGAGCACCUGCGGUAUGAGAAAUACGAGAGGAGUCUCAGGGGGACCCAGCGCGAGAUCGACGGACUCGUCGAGAAGCUCGAGGUCCUCGCGCACAUCUGGCAGCACCUCCAGAUCGACAUGCUUGAACUCACGACGCAGCUUGAGCUCGUCGUCGGCUCGGACGAGUCUAAAGUCAAGCGCUUCGUUAGGAAGCUCAGCGGGACACGAGACCUGUACAGGAGUCUCACCGAGAUGCUCGACAACUACGCACGGGGCGUCCAGGACUCGAACAAAUGA